GCCACCUGCGAUAAAAGCCUACCCGGACUUCUUGGGCAAGAGGCAGAGGAAGAGACCUCCUCCGGUACCUGACCGCCUGCGCGAGAUCCCCCUACCAGGCGGGGGGCCACCUCCCCUGCUUGUUGCCGGACUUCUCUGAUCCUCGACCUCCACCUCCGGGCCCUGCGACCCCUCCCAGCCUGGCCAGCCCUCCCUCCAGGACCCAGGCUUAGUCUCUGCUUGGGGCAUCACUUCUCUCUUGUCGGUGCCCCUCCAGCGACUUCCGAGCAUCUGUUCCCGUCCCUCCCUUCUCCCGCGUUUCUCUCCGGGAUCCCCCGCUGCAGCUAUGUUGCUCCUGGUCUCCUCAGUGCUUCUUCUGUUGGCCCCCGCCAGUGCCCAAAGGGAUGGGGACAAGAUCAUUGGUGGCUACACUUGUAUUCCCCACUCCCAGCCCUGGCAGGCUGCCGUGUUCAUCUUUCAAAAGUUCCACUGUGGAGGGGUCUUGCUGUCCAAUCGAUGGGUCCUCACAGCAGCUCACUGUGCCCACAGGAACCUUCGAGUGGCCCUGGGGAAACACAACCUCCAGCGCAUGGAGCCCUCGCAGCAAUUGCUCAGGGUGGACCGCCAGGUAGUCUACCCCAGGUACAACCACAGAACCAACGACCAUGACCUCAUGCUGCUCCACCUGGAGAGGCCAGUGAAGCUGACCCGGGAGAUCCAGCCCAUUCAGGUGGCAAGAAACUGUGCCAAUCCUGGCACCAGCUGCCUGGUGUCAGGCUGGGGCACCAUCUCCACUCCUAGUGCCAGAUAUCCCAGCACCCUCCAGUGUGUGAACAUCAACAUCUUAUCUGAUGAAAGCUGCAGAAAUGCCUACCCAGGAGCCAUCACCCGAGGCAUGGUCUGUGCUGGGGUCCAGAAAGGGGGAAAAGAUUCCUGCCAGGGUGACUCCGGUGGCCCCUUGGUGUGCAAUGGAGCCCUGCAGGGCCUGGUGUCUUGGGGCAGCGAACGCUGUGCCCAGGCCAGGUAUCCCGGUGUCUAUACCAACCUGUGCCGUUACUGGACCUGGAUCCAAAAUGAAAUACGGAAGAGGCGGAAGCUUUGAGUUGCUCCUCCCAACCCCCCACCCCCCAGGAAGGGUGCCCAGUCCAACCUGUCCCUAGUCCUGCCCUCAGGGACAGGUGGCCUGAAACUACAGCCUCACACCCUCCAAAGGAACCCCGGGCAUCCUGAUUCUUCCAGCCCAUCAGCCCAUGAUCCUUCUCAUCAACCCAGUGGACCUCUCCCACUUCCCCCCAGGACUUCUCCAAGGAUCUCCCGUGUGCCCAGGUUUCCUAGGCCCCCCAUCUCCAGUUUGGAUUUUGGUGCUUGGGAAGGGAACCCAAAGGAUUUAGAGAUGGAAAGGACUUCAGAGCAGAAAACCCAAGUGCUUCAGCUUUUACAGAUGAGGAAACUGAGGGUUAAAGUGAUCUUCUCAGGCUAGAAUUCAAGAUGGUUCCCAAGUACCUUAGCCCCUUUCAGGAACCCACUGCUCAGGUAGGGAUCCAGAGAAAUGACGAAACCAAGCUGUUGCUCUGGGUCACCACUCCCCCAACAAUCUCAGGAUGAAUAAA